AUGACAAAAAUCUUAACAAAAUAGCUUAUCAUUUAGAAAGCAAAAACAGAUGUUAUGGAAAAUAUUAAGUCCAUUAACUUAUGGGGAAAUGAUUUAGAAGAAAUAUCUUUUAUUAAAGAAAUGAUUAAUUUAGAGUUUGCUUAAUUAGCUUCUAAUAAAAUUAAAACCAUUAAAGAUGUAGUAAAAUGCUUACAUCUUAAAGAUUUAAAUUUAAGAAACAAUCUUAUAUCAAAUUUUGAGGAAUUAUAAUUAUUAAAAUUUCUACCAAAUUUGAAAUCAUUAACACUUUUAGAUAAUCCUAUAACUUAACAUCCAAAAUAUAGAUAGAAAAUUUUAAAGAAUGCAGUUUAAUUAGAAAAAUUAGAUGAUAUCAUUAUUUCUAAACAAGAAAGAUAUAAAAUGAUACAAGAGGAAGAGAAUAAGAAUUAAAUUAAAUUAAAAAUAUGUGAGGAGAAUUAAAAAACGAAAAAAACUUAUCCAUAAAAAAAGAUAUCUAAAGAUAAGAAAGCUUAAGAGAAAGAAAGUUAAGAUUGUAGUAAGGAUAUAAAAAAAAGUUAAAAAAACUUUAAAUAAUCAUAGAAAUUCAAAUCAUUUUUGCAAGAUUAAUAAUAAAUAAUUUAGUAUCCAUAAUUAAAUGAUUAGUUUAAUAUCUAGAUUACUCACGAAAACAAAAAUAACGAAAUUUUACUUGAAAAAAAUGAUAAAUCAUAAUUAUAGUUAAAUGAUAAAGUUUAAGAGGAAGAAAUUCUAUUCAAAAUGACAUCAUCUUCAAAUUUAUAAAAGACCUAAAGCUUUAAUAAUUAAACAUCUUCUUUGGAAACUUCACAACAUAUUCUUUGUGCCAUCCUAUCACUAUUGUA